ACAUACCAUACGGUAGAGCAGAAGACUCAUCAUGUCUGUGACUUGGCUGUUCAUGCAAGGGAGCAACAACAAGACUCACGAUGAAGACUCCAUUCGUUCUAGUGUCCUCCCUUCAGUGGAAGACCUCAAAAGUUUAAGAGCUGAAUUCACAAUUAAGGUUGCCCCGUGGGAUGAGUACGUGUCUAUCAAAGCAAAUUUACUUCACUUGUCUUCAAGGAAUGGUUGGUUAGGGGUUACGGAAGAUCUCAUCACUAAAUAUUGUUUUGAUCCAGAGACCAGAGAUAGUAAAGGUCAUACGUGUCUCCAUUAUGCUGCUUUAGGUAACCACGUUGACAUAGUUCGAUACCUCACUACUGUGUGUCACUGCAUACCGAUCGCUGCUAAUGAUAAUGGUACUAACGUCCUUCACUUUGCAGCUACUUAUGGGUCGCUUGAUGUCAUCAAGCACCUUUUCGAUCAUUGUCAUGUUGACCCGAUGGUAACAGAUCUGGUCGGGAAGACUUGUCUUCACUACGCCAUUAAGCAUAUCGACCUUGUGAAGUAUCUCAUUGCUGAACGUGAGAUUAAUCCUAUGAUCACUGACAAGGAUGAGAACACUGUCCUUCAUUGUGCAGCAAUGAAUCAAUCACUUGAUGUUAUGAAAUAUUUGAUCAAUGAUCACAACUGCGAUAUAAUGGCCACCAACAGGUUCGGAAAGACCAUAUUUGAUUUCGCUAUCAAACACAUUGAUGUUAUGAAGUAUCUGAUUACUGAGUGUGGUUGUGAUCCAAUGGCUACAAACACUGUGGGUAGAACAAUCCUUCACCGAGCCUCAAUGCACGUUGAUACUGUAAUGCAUCUCAUUACUGAGUGUGGUUGUGACCCAAUGGCUACAGACGCGAGGAAUAAUACGACACUACAUUAUGCGGCAAAGGAAGGCUCGCCAGAUGUACUUAAAUACCUCAUCAAUGAGUGUAACUGUGACCUAAUGGCUGUCAAUAAGGAUGGUAGAACAGCACUUCACAUGGCUGUUAUUGGAGAUAAUAUCAAUGCUAUUGAGUGCUUACUAUCAACAGGUAAAUAUGAUCCGUUGACUGAUGAGGACAAGCAUGGAAAGACAUCGUUACAACUAGCGAAGGAAAAGCAUCAAAAUAUUCUUCCACUUUUUACAAAGUUUGAUCAAAUAAAAACGUCAAAUACUAUUGACUCUUAUGUUAAUAUUCUUCUACUGGGAAAUUCUGGAGCUGGCAAGAGCACUCUUGAUCGUGUCAUUUCAACGACAGCUGCCCACUCCACGGUACUUGGUUCCUUUAGAAAUACCAAAGGAGUAAAACCAUGUACUGUUGGGAUUGUUCCCACUAAACUACAACACAAAACACUAGGUAAUGUUGUCCUCUACGAUUUUGCUGGCCAUUCGAAUUAUUAUCCUAGUCACAGUGCUGUCACUGAGAAUCUCUUACAAAAUUCUGGAACUGUCAUCCUGAUAGUGGUUAAUAUAACGGACAAAGAUGCAGUCAAGCACCUUUGUCAUUGGCUGACUGUUGUGAAAAGGGAACUACUAAAUUCUCUCGAUAAGUGUCACGUUAUCGUAGUUGCAAGUCAUGCUGAUGAAAUAAACGAUCCUGUUGAACAUAAAAUAAAAGGAGAAGAGCUACUUGAAGUUAUCGGAAAAGAAAUGGGCAAUGCUGGUUCUGUCUUCUUAGAUUGUCGUAAGCUGGGUGGUAGCAGCGUGGAGGCAUUUUUGAAUAAGGUAUCAAGUGCAUGUGAGUUUGUUCGUAGUAAAAUGGAUCGAAAGACAAGCCUUCAUUGUCAUGUGAUGUACAGUUUGCUUAUUAAUGGACGGACAAAGAAUGUACUCACCCUCAAUGAUGUGAUGUUUGUUGCUAAAAACAGCAGCAACUACUUUCUGCCAGAGAAAAGAGAAGAGUUCCUUUCUGUCCUUCGUUCACUUGACUCGGCUGGUUUAAUCAGCCUCGUUGAAAGUAAUGAUAAGGUGUGGGUUGUUGAUAGAGGUGUGCUUCUGGCUGAUGUUAAUGGCACUCUCUUUGCUCCAAAUACAUUCAAAGAACACAUCGAUAUUUCCAGUGAUACUGGUAUCAUCAGUGUCUCCUGCCUGAGUGAAGCCUUCCCUAACUAUGAUCCUGAAAUGUUGAUCUGUUUCCUGGAGAAAAUAGAACUUUGUCACAUACUAAACUCAUCUUGUUUACAUAAGACAAACCUUCAGCCAUUAAAUGUGAGAAGGAACGAAGAGGGAGAAGAAAGAUUUUUGUUUUUACCGAGUCUUUUACAUAGCAAGAGACCUACUGAGAUGAAUAGUCAAGUGUACCAGUUUGGUUGGUGUCUUCAGUGUACUAAGAGAAACGAUACCUUUCCUCUUCGAUACUUCCACAUCCUCUCAUUGCAUAUUGCCCAUAAGCUGUCUCUUUCAAGCUCUGAUGAUGAUGAUGAUGAUGGUCCUGAUCAGAAAGCUACUUUCUGGGACACCGGUCUUCAUUGGUUUAACGGUAAUGGCGUAGGAGUACUGAUAGAAAUUGUGGAUAAGAGCCGGUGUGUACUAGUACUGAUGUCAUGUGAAGAUGGCUGCAAUGACAAUAUGGUGCAUCUAAGAAGAGACGUAAUAGGAGACAUUACAAGAUUAUGCAGAGAGCGUUGCCCCAGUUUAGAGGUAGGAGAGUUCCUUAUUGAUCCUGAGAAUUUAACAUAUCCUAUGACCUGCCCGAGACAAAGGAUAACUUACAGCAUACAGUCUGUGCUAUCUUCAGUUGCUGAAGGUAGAUCUUUUCUUUUGAGUGCUAAAAGACGUCCUAAAUUAAAACGACUCCUGACUGAUGAGCUAGCAGAUAUUGACAACAUAUCGAUUCUAGGAGGACGAAGUUUUAAAGAGGUGUCUUUUGACUCAACUGCAAGUGGUUCGGUUGAUCAUGCUGAUGAAUUGCCUGACAUAGGACCAAGAACACCUCAUGUACUUGGUAUUAAAGAUCUUGGUGAUGUCAAUACAGAGUUGAUACUGAUCCAGGACUUGUCUUGCUCGAAAUGGUACGAGUUUGGUCUUGAGUUGGGCCUACAUGAGUCCAGACUAAGAGAAAUAGAAGAAAAAUAUGGCGGAGAAUUAGAGAACUGCUUUAACGAGUGUAUGUCUGCCUGGUUGAAUGAAGAAGAUAAUGUGAAUGAGAAGGAAGGAGGUGGUCCGUGUUGGCUGGCUUUAGUUUCGGGUCUGAAUAGAAUAGGAGAGCAUUUUAUUGCAACUAACAUCCAAAGGAAACACUGUAGGCAUUAUGCUGACCCUUGGCUCUGAACUCUAUGCACA